GCGCGUCCCCAGCCCGAGGCGAAGCAGGAGAAAACCCCGGGCUGGCGCAGCCACCGGAGGAUGGGCAGUCGGUUUGCGCCUGGCCCGGACUCGAGGGCGGUCAGGCGCCGGGGGGCGGGGGGCGGGGGCUGCCCGCCAGCGGCGGCGCGGCCGGGGCGGGCCGGCCGGCGGGGCAUUUAAACCCAGCUGCUGCGGGCUAAGACGCACCGCCCUGCGCCCUGCUCUGUUCACCUCGCCGCCUCCCUCGGGCACCAGCAGGCAAGAUGCGGUCCUCCUUGGCUCCGGGCAUCUGGUUGCUCCGCACCUUCUCCAGGGACAGCUGGUACCGAGGCUUCAUCCUGCUGCUCACCUUCUUAAUUUACGCCUGCUUUCACAUGUCCAGGAAGCCCAUCAGUGUUGUGAAGAGCCGACUGCACCAGAACUGCUCAGAGAUAAUCCAGCCCCCCAAUGCCACCCACGAUCCCAAUGACACCACGUGGUGCAACUGGGCUCCGUUUGACCAGGACAACUACAAGGAGUUACUGGGGGGCGUGGACAACGCCUUCCUUGUGGCCUAUGCCAUCGGCAUGUUUAUCAGCGGGGUUUUUGGGGAGCGGCUGCCCCUGCGUUAUUACCUGACAGCCGGAUUGCUGCUCAGCGGCCUUUUCACUGCGCUCAUCGGCCUGGCUUAUUUCUGGAACAUCCACGCGCUCUGGUACUUUGUGCUCAUUCAGAUCUGUAACGGCCUCGUCCAGACCACAGGCUGGCCCUCGGUUGUGACCUGUGUCGGCAACUGGUUCGGGAAGGGGAAGCGGGGGUUCAUCAUGGGCAUCUGGAAUUCGCACACGUCUGUGGGCAACAUUCUGGGCACCCUGAUCGCUGGCGUCUGGGUGGACGGGCCCUGGGGCCUGUCGUUCGUGGUGCCGGGCAUCAUCACCGCCGCCAUGGGCGUCUUCACCUUCCUCUUUCUCAUCGAGUACCCAGAAGAUGUGGACUGCUCCCCGCCUCAGCACCACGUGAGUGGUGGGCCGGAAGAAAACCAGAACAACCCUGAGGACCCUGGGAGCAACCCCUACUCUCACCAGGAGCGCAGCCUGGAGGCGGUGGCCGGAUCCUCCAAGGAGCUGAGCGCUGAGCCAGCUGCCAUCAGCUUCUGGGGGGCUCUCAUGAUCCCGGGCGUGAUCGAGUUCUCGCUGUGUCUGCUCUUCGCCAAGCUGGUCAGCUACACCUUCCUCUACUGGCUGCCCCUCUACAUCUCCAACGUGGCUCACUUCAGCGCCAAGGAGGCAGGGGACCUGUCCACGCUCUUCGAUGUUGGCGGCAUCAUGGGCGGCAUCCUGGCGGGGAUCAUCUCCGACUACACCAAUGGCAGAGCCACCACCUGCUGCGUCAUGCUGAUCUUGGCCGCCCCCAUGUUGUUCCUGUACAACCACUUUGGCCAGAACGGGAUUACCAUCUCCAUAGUCAUGCUGAUCAUCUGUGGGGCCCUGGUCAACGGCCCCUACUCACUCAUCACCACUGCCGUCUCUGCAGACCUAGGGACUCACAAGAGCCUGAAGGGCAACGCAAAGGCACUGUCCACCGUCACGGCCAUCAUCGACGGCACCGGGUCCAUAGGUGCGGCCCUGGGGCCCCUGCUGGCCGGGCUCAUUUCCCCCACGGGAUGGAACAACGUCUUCUACAUGCUCAUCUCCGCAGACGUCCUGGCCUGCUUGCUCCUCUGCCGACUGGUGUACAAAGAGAUUGUGGCCUGGAAGUCAGUCCUGAGCAAAGACACCGGCUCUUGUCUGGCCUUAACCCCCACGCGGUAGUAGUUUCCUCAAGUCCCAUGACUUUUGUAUAAAGAAAUAUGAGGCCCCGAUGGAAAAGAAGCACAGAAGGCCCCAGCUGGGUCCCCGAGUGCUCCCCGGGCCAGACAGGCCAACCACCACAGACUGCUGAGGCCAAGCCUGCAGAUCCGACGCCAGCCAGCCCAGCGCUGCGCUCAGGGACGCUUGGGGGCUGGGGGAGCCUUUGAGGGAAGAGGACGCCAGGCAGAGGGACAGGCUGGAGCUGAGGGACAGUGGUGCCUGCAUCUGGCUGACGGAAACAUCUGCCCAGACCCCUGCUUGUUCUCGUUCUGGCACAGAAGGCAGAGGCUGCAGGGCCAAGACCCCCAAAAGGCCCCGCUGUCCUUUCUGUGUGAAGUCUGAGCCUCUGUGAUCAGCUGGCACCUAUGAUAGGGUCAGAGCCCCGAUUGCAGGGCUACCCAGGCUCUCCUCGUCCCUUUGUCCACCAGCUGUUCUGUCUGCGUUUGAUCCUGCUUCUAACUCCUGACCGCCUGGGUUAAAGCGCAGGGCUGUCUGUACCCUCGGGGCCAGGGCAAGGUGGGAGCUGGAGCCCUUGCUCUGGGCUGGUGCCUGUGCCACCCCAAAGAGCGAGGGCCUCCCCUCUCCGCCCCACCCCAGCCCUCCACGUCUGCAGUAAAGACAACACGUGAGGCAGUGCUGUGGGGUGGGGGUGGGGGGGCACGACAGAAAAUACCAGUGUGUAUUUUGAUAAAAACGCCAGUGUUUUGAUAAAGAA